AUGAAGUCGCAUCUUCUGUCCACUCCAUUGACUUCGGUCUUCUCCACGACGAGCUCGUUAUCUUCGACUCGGAUUGCAUUGCAAGACUACCUUAUCGGUCUGCGCGGUAUCAUCGUCCUGCAGUCGUUCCUCUUUGUCUUCUUUCAGGUUUUUCUCCCCACCGCAGUUCCUGACUCCAAGAACGAAGAUGGACCAUUCUAUCAGAUCAUUCUACGCAAAUCGUUCUCAGUCAUCUUCUGCAAUGAGUCCCUGAUCUACUCCUGGGUCAUCUUUCUCUCCGCCCGCACAAUCGCUCUACCCUACCUCAGCAACACGACCCGCGAAGUCUGCGCAUCUAGCGUCUUCCGCCGCAGCGUUCGACUGUGGCUUCCAACAUUCGUUGCCUUCUCAGCCGCGGUCGCAGCGUUCACUGCCGCUGACACCACAUACAUCACCGACUUCUUCAUACGCACCGGCAACAUCUCUGCUGAGACACCAAUGCGUAUGCGCAACUUCUUGGUGUACUUCAACUCGCUAUUUGAAAUCUUCUGGGUGCACAAGCAGUUCAGCUACCAGGCUGCAAACAAGGUUUUCCCAUCUGGCACGCUGUGGAUCGUCUCAGUGUUGUUCCAGCAGAGUUACACGGUCUACAUGACCAUGAUCAUCGUGCCGUACACACGAGCCUCGUGGCGUGUCAAGGCGCUGUUGGUGUUUAUCCUGACAGCAUUCUGGGUCCAGAGCUGGGCGUGGUACAGUUUGACUGGCCUCUUGAUCACUGAUGCUGUGCUCAACAUGGACCUUCAGGUUAGGUCCCGGACUGGAUUUAAGAUUGGGAAGUUUCGAGUGCCGAUAUGGCCGUUGUAUGCAGCGUUCAUCUUGACGGGUGUCAUACUGCAGUUCAUGUUCAUCUCUUGGAAGCCGAGCAUGCGCAACAAUGAGCACCAUGGGCAUACUGGACUGUACACAGAGGGCACGCUCAAUGAAGAGCUGGAUCUGGAUCAGCCAUUGGCUCGAGUCGACAACUACUUCUUCAUGCUGGGAGCGAUACUUCUGGUCGAGACAUAUGAGACACCAAAGAGGAUACUGCGGAGCAGGCCAUUUGUUGCACUUGGAAGGAGGAGCUUCAGUGCUUUCCUUGUUCAGUCUAUCAUCGUCUACACUAUCGGCAUCAAGCUAUGGGUGUUCAUGGACGAUGCUGGAGUAAACAGUGCGGUGAGAACGUUGGCGAGCUUUGCUGUCUGCGCAUCUUCUGUCGCGGUUGUUUCGGAGAUCUUCUAUCGACUAGUAGAUCUCCCGAGUAUUGCUGCAGCGAAGACAUUCUGGACCUGGAUGAUCAAGUAA